AAAAACGAGUGUUACCCUUGGUCCCUAGAGUGAUAGUUUUUAAUUUUUACUGUUUGUCCCUAACAAGGUUUAAGUGAGGGAAGCGGUUUCCGGGUCUAAUAGAGAUCCUAGUUCUCCGACACUAUAAUCUCUGUCCCGCCGGGUUCAAGAUAUUUUCCGAGCUCCUGAUUCAAGAUAUUCUCCGACUCCAAGUACUCUCCGCAGCUAAUAGAGCUCACACACCUCAUCUCACACUCAAAUUAGAUCAUUUCAGUUCACAACCCAGCUCCGUUCACAUUAAACCUUACUUCAGACUGGCAUAGCAGAAAGAUAACUAGAUCUAUUGAUCCUUCAAUCCAGAAUAAAAUAUUUUGCUGGAUUUAUAGCUCGUAGAUUUUAUUGGCUGAUAUUUUGAAUGAAAGAUUCUUGAAGACAUAAAAGAUUUAAAGUGACCAUCGAACUGGAAAAAAUAUAGUGACACAUAAUGGAUGCUGAGAACACGAAGAACGUAGUAAAACUAAAUCUUGGAGAAAGAGAGUAUCGAGAUGGAUUGGAUCAAGAACUUAGAAUGGAUCCUUUAAUCUUAAACUCUGAUCUGCAGAGAAACCUUAUUAAACAGAUACAAGAAAGAAAUCUACUCAUGAAUCAGGCCUUACUUUGUCAGCGAAUGGGAGAGGUGAAAGAUGAAGAAAACGAGGAAGAUGAAGAGGAAGAAGAAAGAAACAACAAUAGUAGGGUGGGGGGUUGGGAGGCGGACUGGGAAGGGCACACCCCUGGUGGAAGAUUAGCCUUUUCAGUAGAAAAUAUUCUGGCCCCAGGACGGUUCUGCAAACAGGACGAGGAACCAGACAGCAUAGAUACAAGUGAUCUGAUUGUAGACGACCUUUGCUCCGACGAUGAUCCUUUAUCACCGAGCUCUGACUCCGGGGAGCAGAGACGCAAACGUAAACCUGGUGAGCGCGGUGGAGGGAAGCCCAGGCGUGCACGCACGGCUUUUACGUACGAGCAGUUGGUGAGUCUUGAGAAUAAAUUCAAGACAACACGCUACCUUUCAGUGUGUGAAAGAUUAAAUUUAGCGCUCACACUAAACCUGACAGAAACACAGGUUAAGAUCUGGUUUCAAAAUAGAAGAACAAAAUGGAAGAAGCAGAAUCCAGGAUUAGAUGUGAACUGUGGAAAUCUCCCUUCCCCCGGACCUUCACAAGGAUGUAAUUAUCCACCCCUUUUCUCUCCUGGCCCCCCUGGACCCCAUGAUCUAUAUUAUCCACACCAUCCCGCCUUUCCGUUCCUAGCCGCAGCUGCCGGUCUUCCCACUCCUCCCUCAUCUCUAGCCUCACUUCUCUUCCAUCAUCAGGGGCAACAAGCUGGACUUCAUCAUUCUUCACCCCCGGAAAGAUCCUGUUCUCCACCACGUUCUUAUAUAUAGUACAAUACUACAUUACUGUCGUCUUAUGUUAUGCCUUAAAUAUUCUUAAAACGUUUAAUAUAAUCAUAAUGAGAUUAA